UUUGCCAUUUUGGUGGCUGAAGAGCCUGUAUUACCUGGUUGACUUUCCUCCCUUCUGCUCUCUCUCUCUCAACUCUUCUUCUGUCUCCUAAUCUCCUCUCUAAUUUUCUUCCUCAAGAAGGCUACUUAAUCCAUCUUAACCAAAAAAAAAAUGAUGCAAAUUGGCUCAACAAUUCCGGCACACAACCUGAGUAGUUUUCAGGCUAGGCGUGCCAAUUUCAAGUGCAAUGGAUCUCCUUUGAACCCUUCAACAAGAGCUCCUCAAGCUCAUGCACAAAACAUUAAGGCAGUUCAAUCCACCACUGAGGUGACAAAAAAGCACCUUUCCAAUCUUGAAAAACUGUUGCAGAAGGAAUCCAUCCCUCCUGACCCUGAACCAGUGGCUAAAGAAUCUUCCCAACAAAAUGGUUUGCCGGAGAGUAAGGGAAGAGGCCUGUUGGAGGGACUCAACCUGGCUAGAAUAUGGCCUGAGAUGAAAGCUGCUGAGGACAUGUCUCCUAAGCAUUUGAACAGGCUACAGAGACUUCUAUCCAUGUCACAGGAGUAUUCUCCCCGGAGUACUCUCGGUAGCCGGUGGCGCGAAUAUCACGGCUGCAAUGACUGGGCUGGCCUUCUUGAUCCCCUCGAUGAGAAUCUCCGGCGAGAGGUGGUCAGGUACGGCGAGUUUGUUCAGGCAGCCUAUCAUUGCUUUCACUCCAACCCGGCCAUGUCAGCAGACGAAGCUCCCUCCCAACGAAAUGUGGCACUGCCUGAUAGGUCCUACAGGGUUACCAAGAGCCUCUAUGCCACGUCAUCCAUCGGAUUGCCUAAGUGGGUGGAUGAUGUGGCACCGGAUCUCGGGUGGAUGACCCAGAGGUCGAGUUGGAUCGGAUAUGUGGCAGUGUGCGACGAUCGUAGGGAGAUCCAACGGAUGGGAAGGAGGGACAUCGUGAUCGCCCUACGUGGAACGGCCACGUGUCUCGAGUGGGCAGAAAAUAUGAGGGACGUGUUAGUCCAAAUGCCAGGAGAAAAUGGCUCAAAAGAUGGACAACCAAAAGUGGAAUGUGGUUUUUCGAGUCUAUACCAGACCCCUGGAGCUCAUGUCCCAAGCCUAGCUCAAUCAGUCGUUGAAGAAAUUCAAAGACUAAUUGAACAAUACAGAGGAGAGACCCUAAGCAUAACUGUCACAGGGCACAGCCUGGGCGCUGCCUUGGCACUGUUGGUGGCAAAUGAACUCAGCACUUGUGCACCAAACGUGCCACCAGUAGCGGUUGUUUCCUUCGGAGGCCCUCGAGUUGGCAACCGUGGAUUUGCAGAUCAAAUCACUGAGAACAACGUUAAAGUGCUAAGAGUUGUGAACAAUCAAGACGUAAUCACAAGGGUUCCGGGCAUGUUCGUUAGCGAAACACUUGACAAGAAGCUGAGGGAGUCAGGUGCUGCCGCCGGGGUGCUUAAUGCCUUGGACGGCAGCAUGCCCUGGGCGUAUUCACAUGUCGGGACAGAACUAAGAGUCGACACGAAAAUGUCUCCCUAUUUGAAGCCAAAUGCAGAUGUAGCAUGUUGCCAUGACUUGGAGGCUUACCUGCACUUGGUGGAUGGUUUCUUGGCGUCAAAUUGCCCUUUUAGAUCAAAUGCCAAGAGGAGUUUAGUGAAAUUGCUAAAUGAACAGGGAUCUAAUGUGAAAAGAUUGUAUACUAGUAAAGCAUUGGGCAGAUUGAAUCUUGAAAGAGGAGGAAAUCUGCACAUGUCAAGCUGCUUGCCAAGUCCAUCCUAAUGUAAUAUCAAGGGAUGACUUGAGAGAAUUACUUCUCUUGUAAAAAGUUACAAAUGAAGUACUUCGAUUUUGAUAAUCAA